UCGGUUUUCAAUUCUCGUCGGACAUGGACAAGCCUGCAAACUCUCAGAAGCUACUGAUGUUCCGUACUCCCAACGAAGAAGCGUCCCGCAACCAGAUCUUCAUAUUCAACUCGCCGAUCGACUACAAGGAUCAGCAGCUAGUGGUUUACCAGAAACCCGCAAACAUGGCAACCGGCGAUCAGGGCUACAGCUACUGCGUGGUGUACAAGAGGGAUCACUACGUCCUGAACAAUCCGCCCAACUUCCAGAGCCCUACUAAGCGCAGCUUCCUGAGCGAGUGCAUCCGCCAACUGUAUCUGAUGAAUGGAAUGGGCCACAAGAUGUACUGGUGCACCUCCACCGCCACAGCCCUGUGCACCCAGAAUGAGAUCUGGCACCAAGUGAACAGCUGCCUUCGCCCGGAGAGACUCUCGCCGAGGACCGAAAGCCUGAAGCGGGUCAAGAGGCAGCUCUUCCGGGAUCCUCGAGCAGACCGUAAGAACCCAAAGCCGGUGAAGGGCAAGGUAUGGGGCACCCAGGUCUUCAGCUUCAAGGCGAUGCGAGAGAAGCUGGGCAGGAAGCACAUUCGCCGCGGCUAUCUGAGGAUCGCCCGCAAGAACGCCCUCCAUGAGAUGGUCCGCGAGCAUCUGAGACGUGAAAUGAUCACCACUCCGAUCACCAUUGGCAACACCGUGAUCAGUGCCAACGAUGGUAUUUACAACACAAAUGCCGGCGUAAUUGGCGACAUCUGCAGCUACCACGACAACGCCGCCCGUCAUCAGCCCGCCGUAGAGUGCCGCCUUACGGCCGGAGAGGCCCGUCUGCGGAACAACGAGGCCUGCCGACUCACUCAACGGGCCAAGCGACUGGAGGCCAUGUUCAUCCACGAGCAAGUGCGACGAGCCGUCCAGAACCACCAGCUCAUACUCGAGGAGUCGGUGCGAUCCAUCUACUAUGCCAAGGAACUGUUCCGCCUUAUCGAGGAUCACGAGGAGUUUGUCUACUCGGACAACAAGAUCCUGGGAAAGGCAUAGCCUGG